CUGAACGUGACUGUCCUCGGGGCUGCAAAUAACCACUCCACCUUGGAGUGCUGGUCCCUAGAGCCGGGAUUUACCGUCUCUCCACAGGCAGGCACCGCAGGGUCGGAGGUUCUUUCUUUGGGCCUGCUAGGAGGCACGAAUGCAUCCUAUGUCGUGGUUCCGGCCGAGUUUGACGGUGGAGGGCAUAAUGCCCCUGCGGUACAAUGGGUGGUCUUCCUCUCCGGGCUCGCGCAUAUUACUCUCCCACAUUCCAAACAUGAAGCCUGGAUCCGGGGAGGUAAACACGGUACAAUACUGGCUUUGGAUACCGCGGCUGUUAGUGCCGAUGGACAUAAUACAACAUACCCUAGUCGGGACAUCACAAUUGGGCUGCAAUUGCCUAUUGCCGGAGGGAAAAUCCCAGAGCACGAGUUUCUCCAUAUGGGAGCUUGUCGCCAUGAGGAGCUGGAGCUGUAA